ACCGUCUCUCCCUCCCCCCCACCGACGUCCCCCACUCGCCUACUUGUGUCUCAUGCUGGUGCUGGCCCCUUCUGUACUCUCUGUUGUUUCCCAUAUAAAAUGCCUCGCUUCUUCUGUUGCUCCUGCAACGCCCCCUUUUCCCCUCAGGCCACUGCGCCACUGAAAACUAUGUCGCAUUUACCAGUUGCUGGUUUUAGAUAUGCUCGCACCGGACCUGUUGCCCGACGGGAGGCUUUGGGCUUGAGAAGUAAGCUUGGAACUCAGUGGAGUUUUGUUGGUGGAUCAAGAUUUGUGCUUCGGCCGAAAGUUUCAAGAAUCAUCUACCAUAGGAGAGGAUUUAGUCCGUCAGCUUCGGGGAUUACGACUUCGCAAAUUGCCAGCAGUGCUUUCACCUGGGGCACAGUUGCAGUUCUUCCAUUCUACACUCUGAUGGUUCUGGCACCUAAUGCCAAACUUACUAAAAGAACUAUGGAAAGCAGCACUCCUUUUGUUAUUCUCGGAGUUCUGUAUGCAUACCUUCUUCAUCUGUCAUGGACUCCUGACAAAUUAGGUUCGAUGUUUGCAAGUAAAUACUGGCUGCCAGAGUUACCUGGCAUAGCAAAAAUGUUUACAAAUGAAAUGACUCUGGCUUCUGCAUGGAUUCACUUACUGGCUGUAGACCUUUUCGCAGCAAGGCAGGUAUUUCAUGAUGGUCUGAAGAACAAAGUAGAGACCCGACAUUCAGUUUCUUUAUGCCUUCUUUCCUGCCCGAUUGGAAUUGCUACUCAUGCCAUCACUAAGAUACUAACAAAGAGGGCAAAUCGAUCACAUUGAUGCUUAAAUUUAGCUGAACAUUUUUUUUCAGCAAUUGUGUUAGAAGAAUAAUGGACAUUUGAAAUUAUGCCACCCUAUGCUCUAGUGGGGUUAAUAUUUGAGCUUGUAAUACCAGAUUUUUUUAAUACAUUAUUUACUUGAACCGGCAAACUUCAAUA